AUGGCUGCAGCUGGAUGUAUUACUGCAGUACUACCUGAACAUACACGUUCCAGCACCGAUCGAUACCUAGCAGCAGAAGAAAAGGAGGCUGAGAAAUACAUGAUCACAACCGCAAAGGAUUUACAAGCAAUUAAGAUGGCAGCGCAUGCACAGAUUGAGGCCGAAUCAUCAAUGGCCGAAGGAAUCGGCAUGAAACGUAAAGCAGAAGAUUCGUUAGGCCCGACAAACAGCAAGAGAGCAGCACGGAAGGGCGACGAUGAUCUUGAUGUUGAGGUCGAUCCAAAAGUAUUUUUUGGUAUCCACUAUGAAAAAUUUACAAUGAUCUUUAGAAACAACGCCAUUGUGGAUUAUGCAACCGAGCGGGUCAACCAUACAGCUGGUCAAGUCAUUAAAGCAUUUUUAGAUUACGGAAAGGCAAAGAUGAAGAGUCUCCACGAGAAUGAUUCACCCUCGGCAUCGCCUCUUCACAUUGUCAACUGCAUACCAUCAGAAAUCAUUACGCAAGACGAUAUCGUGUUACAACCCGAUCCAUUAGAGCCCAACAAAAAGCCAUCCCUUCAAGAAGUGGUCCGAGCCUACAUUAUGUUGCUCAAGACGGACCAGGCAGGAUUUAUCAAAUCCAAGGAUGAAAUGGGCGCCAAUCAAUUUUCUGUCAACUUUGCCAAAUUGCGGGAAACCAUGAAGCGUCGUGUCUUUGAGGGCAUCCUGCGUGAAAAGUAUGGUGUUGCUACGUGUCGUAUUGUUCGCAUCUUGAUCGAAAAGGGAAAGCUGGAUGAAUCGCAAGUGCAGAAAUUGGCCAUGUUGCCGCCUAAAGAAGCGAGAGAAAAACUUGGUUUGUUGCACACAAAGGGCAUUGUUGAAAUUCAGGCAAUACCUCGAUCGGCUGACCGUGCCCCAGCACGUACAUUCUUUCUUUGGUACGUCCCCUUGGAAAAAUGUUAUCAAGAGGUGUUGAUCGAUGCUUACCGCGUGAUCCUUAACCUUCAACAACGGAAACGAGAAGAAUUGAAAAUCCGCAGUCGUUUGUUGGAUAAAUUGAGCCGUCAAGACGUAAUGGAAAACAUGGAUUUGCUGGGCGAUGCAGAUAAGGCCGAACUGAGCCAAAUGCAAAAAGUAAUUCAACGACUGGAAACCUCCAAAAAGCGCAUGGACGAUGUUGUGAUGAUCUUUCGGGAUUUCUGA